GGGGGAAACGGGUAACCCGAGUUCCCAGAUCCCUGGAGUUGAAGAAAAAUCGAAUCUUUGAACUUUGUGUAGUAAAAUCAAAAAGAAAAGAAGAAUCUUUGAGACUAGCGGAUCUCCGUUCACCGCACAGCAUUAUCUCUCGACAUUUUCUUGCAAUUGGAUGACUAAUGUAGCAGGACAGAAUUCAUCACACUAAAAACCCUUGAAAAUUUGAGAUUGAAAGUGAACGUAAAUGGCUGAUGAAUGAAUGAUAUUUCUUCGGGAAUAUAUGUGGGUAAAGGGAGAGGAGAUUCAAAGCUUGGAGCUAAGCAGUUGGCAUCUGCCAUUGCAAUUCCGAUAUUGGGUCUUUGACUGUUUGCUAAAGUUUGCUGAUUUUAACUGGGGUUGAUGAUAACCGAGGAUGGUGCCAACCUUCAGCAGCGGAAUUCGUUCACAAGUUGAAGGUAAGUGUGUUCUAAAUGAUACUGAUUUCAGCAUUUAAACACAAAUACAUCCAUUUCCUAUGUUUUACCGUUCAAACUGCAAAGUAAGAACUAUUGAAGGGGAUGAUCUCAAUGUCAAAGAACCCUGCCACUAUCCAAUGAUUUAUGCUGUGCUGUCCAUGCAGCUCGGACUUGCUUAUUUUUGAAAACAAUAUGUAUGACUAUAAGAGUUUCUAGAAGAACUCAACCUAGAAGGGAAAAUGAACAAAUAUAAAAUAA